UUUGCAGAUCUGACUGAACCGUUUUUCAACACGUCAUAUACAGAACUGAAGUUUUCCUCCCAGUUUAUAAACCCUUGCUAUGAACCUGGUUCUUUCCAGUUCCCUCCUCCUAAUCCUUUUUUACCUACGGUGCUACCUCUUCCUGCCGAGACUGACGAUGAUGACGAUGAGGCUGGGACUGAUGAUGAGUCUGAUCUUCUUGUGGACAAACCAAACAUAAAGUUGUGGCACUCAUGUGAUGAGAGUGUCCCAACUUUCAAUCUUUCUGUCUUGUGCAAAAUUGGAAGUGAUUUGAGGAGCCAAGCUUUGGGCGUAUUCUAUUUACAUCUUUUAAAAGAAUCGUUAGCCCCUAUUUUAUCUCAGGUAAUUUUUUUGGUUUCUUUACAUGAAAUGUAUUAAAUGAGAAAUUCAAUUUUAUAUGUGCAGGGAAAGGAAGCAAAUUUGAAUACGUCCAUAACACUUUCAGAUAAAAACAAAGUGGAGAUUAAAACAAGCGGUUUUAAAGAAAGAUUCCAUCUCUACAUAUCAACGAUUUGGAAUGUGUUUACAAGUUUUUCUCCAUCGGCUGACAGUUUUGUGACUGACAAAGAGAUUGUUGGUGCUGGUUUAGUAAACAACAUUUCUGACCUCAGUGACCAUUCUGACUUUCUAUUGCUGGAAAAUGUCUCUAAAUCUUGCUACUCUGUUGAUGCGAUGUUGAGGAAACUUAAGUUCAUCAAUAUUGAUGAAAUUAUUCGGUUCAUCUCUGAUUUGCGUUCUCAGAUGUUUAUUGAAAGUGUAUUCUUUGGGAAUAUAUUAAAAGAUGAAGCUCAUAAUAUAUCAAAACUCUUUGAAAGCUAUGAAAUAGCACCUCUUCCUGAGGAUAGUCGAGAUGAUAAAAAAAACUGAUAUCCCUAAGGGUUCCAAAACCACGUUUGAUGAUUUUGUCCGAAUAAAGUCUGACAUCAACUCUCUAGCUGAGGUUUCCUUUCAAAUUGGAACAAAAAGGGUUGAUGCUCAGAAAACUGCAGUUCUACAUCUCUUCUUCUCAAUGAUAGAAGAAAAUUUAAUCUACUGGCUAAGGAUGAAGAAUAAGCUUGGAUUUGAAGUUGGCGGGGAACUUCAGUUUCAUUAUGGAAUCAAUCUCUUCUCUAUCACUGUGGUGUCAUCAGCCCAUAACCCUCAGUAUCUGUUAGAGCAAAUCUACCUCUAUCUAGAUGGUUUAGAAGAAUUUUUGGAAGUUAUGGAAGCCAAUGUUUUUGGAAAAUACAAAAAAACUACAUCUGAUGAGUAUCCUGAUGAUGAUGGGGAGAAUUUGUGGCAACAGAUUACUGAAAAAAGACGGUUCCGUUUCAACAAGAGAGUUAGGAGUAUUCUAGAAAACAUCUCCAAGAAAGAUGUGGUCAACUUUUACAAAAGGUAUUUGGUCAAGACAUCUCCCCAAACCCGCAUGCUAUCCAUAAGGAUAUGGCGAUGCAACAGUAUCCCUUGUGCUUGGUCUAUUUAGCUUUUCUAAUAAUGAAACACUGUUUUGUAGACUGAUAUUGUUUUUACUG